AUGGACGUGGACGUCGAUCUUGUCCCCGAUGAGCCCAUUGUUACCCAAGCCCAAGACACACCGUCCCCUGGCGAGGUCAUUGAUUCCACCCCUGAAGUGCAACCCGACUCCAACACCUUGGUUCUCAACAAGGUUCACAUUCGAGGGCUCGAUGACAUGAGACCUGACGAAGUAAAAUCCUAUGUCGCCGAGCACUUUCCCAAUGGCAGCUACGAGAGGAUCGAGUGGAUUGACGAUUCGUCAGCCAACCUACCUUUCCCUUCGGAAUCCAUCGCACAGGAAGCACUCGUAGCUCUGUCCUCGGUCGAGAUCACCGACGUCACUCAACUACCCGUUCUGGAACUUCUCCACGGCAAGUCCUUCUCGAAGAGACCAGAGGUCAAUUUCCAAGUUCGGUUCGCGACCGUCGGAGACAAGAAGCAAGCUGGCGCCGCACACCGAAGUCGAUUCUAUCUUUUCAAUCCCGAGUUUGACCCGGAGAAUCGCAAACGACGUUACCGCGUUCGGGACGCUGAUGGGUACGGGCGCCGCCGUCGUGGGGGUUCACGCGAGGAGGAGGAGGAGGUGGAGAAAUUCGAUGUUAACCUAUAUGACGACAAUCCUGCUGCACUUGCGACGCGGGCCCCCAUGUCCAAGCCGCGGCCCCGUCAUUCUUACACGUCAGAUUACGACAGUGACGAGCGCUCGCGGAAGCCUUCACACCGCACCGUGAAUCGCAGCAAGGAGCUAUUUCCCAGUCAUGUUGGCGGUCAAAAUGGCUCUCGCAGGGACCGUUCUGCUUCGCCAGCGCGGGAUCGUAACGGCGAUCUCGAUAUGGACGGAGGUUUGAGCGACGGAUCCGCUGCCCGCAACCGGCGCGGAGCCAGGAGCACCAAGGAUAGGAUUUCGCGAAGUAAUCGAUCCAAAGAACUCUUCUCAGCAAACGCAUCCGCCGACAACGGCCGACUGAACGGUGACGAAGAGCUUUCCAGCAUAUACACUCUGCAAUUAGCUGACGAAAGCGCCGACCCCCCGCCGCGAAGCAAGAAGCUCGAGGACAGGAUCACAUUACCCGGGAAAGGUAGGCGACUCGCAGAUCGCAUUACAGACCCUGCCGAGGCCUCGGGUUUCAGUAUCCGCGGCGCCGCCAGGCAGAAAGGACCAGACCAAGGUUUCGCAAUCAAGGGCAAUGCGGAUAGAUCAUCUGUCAAGGAGCUGUUCCCUGAUAGUUUUGGUGGCAACGCAGGGAAGGAGCUGUUUGCGGACAGACUUGAUGGAAGAUCGCGACGGCGGCAGAAGGCGGGCGACCUAUUUGAUUAG